AUGGGAAAGACACGGACAUUGCUUGAGGCGGCAGUUGCUGCCGGCCUCUUAGCAUUUCCAACGCAGGUAGCUCAACAUGUCUAUGAGGCAAACAAUCUUGAUGAAGCCACCGACUGGAUCGAGUCAUUCACGGAGAAGGCCAAAGGGAGAGCUACCCUGUUUUUGGGCGCUGCCAUCUCUACGUUCAAGCCAACACAGUUGCCUAUGUGGAAUGACUUCGUACAGUUACUGUGGGCCUCAGCUCUUGAAGUCGCUACCGCAGACAUGCGACCUGACAGGGUGUCUGAAGGGCUUUUGGGCUUCUUCGAGCGAACGAAGGACCGUGUGCCCAACUACAUGGUGACCGAAGUGAUUGCAAGGCGCUUGGGACAGCAAUACCUGCAAGUGCUCGACGCGUUUCAGGCUGAAAAGCUGCAGGACGGGACGUACGCCUUCAACGAGAUUCACAAAUGGGCCGCGAACCUUCUCGCUACAGGAGCAGUGGCCGCUGUCAUGACCACGAAUUUUGACAACUACCUUGAGAAAGCGAUCGAGGAGAGGACUCCUUUAUGCUACCAAAUCACUGGAGAUCCUCAUGUGGACGGCAGAGAGAUCUCUUCCCGACUAUACUUGACGACUGCAAAAUCGGCGCUGGUCUUAGUUGUGAAUGGAGCAAAAGCAUUCGCCUUCGUGCGAUCUCUUAUGCCACAGCUCGGUAGUGGGAAAGUCACAUUCUUGUUCAAAGUCCACGGGUCCUGCUAUGAUCCUGUCAGCUGUAUUGACACGCGACUGCAGCGAGCUCAAGGCCUGCCAUCCUUUGCUACUGACGUCCUCGACAUUCUGCUCAAACGGACCGUGUGGCUGGUUGCUGGCUUCAGUGGAAGUGACAUGAAUGACAAUCUCGACUAUUUGCGCUUCCUUUCGAGCAAGAAGGAAGCCGCCAUCAUCUGGCUCACGUACCCUGGCAGCCGAUGGGAGUCCGCAAUACACCGUCUCACCUCGGCCAUGACCCUGGAGAAAGGCUCACGCACUGGGUUCUGCCUGGUAAAUGGCCACUUCGUUGGCGAGAGGCACACGGAAGAGAGCAGCUUCCCUCAGUUUGGACAAAAGAUCUUGAAAUGGGCCCAAAACCUGGGGCCGGACUGGUGCAAACUUCUGUUGGUGGACUUGGUGGCCCUCUUCGAAGACAAAAAGCAGAGCAAACGGCGCCUCCACAACUGUUGCAAACAUUCAAUCAAGAUAGCCCCAGCAAAGAGCUGCUCUGAACUAUGGGCCUUGGUACACUGCGCACUCCGCACAGGUAACAGAUUGCAGAGUGAAGCCAGGCAAGAUCUCUGCAGGCGACUUACUACCGGCCUGGAAGUGCUCGGUGGCCACCACAUCAGACUCCAAGAAGCCGCCACGCGUGGAGAUCAUCCGCAGGUGCAUGCACAAGCAUGGGUUGUCAGUGCCUUGAGUGGGCUGGCAAUGCUGUGCGGUGGGGAAGUCAACGGGGCAGCGAGAGCGCUUGAGAUCUCAAGCGGCAUCGCUUGGCUGGUUGGAAACUAUGAGCAUCACCAGUCGAUCGAAGGACUGUUGAAAGUCAUGUUCCAAGCCGUGCGCACUUCAGUAGAUGUUGAGGAGGAGGAAGACUCUCCCGCCUGCAAACAGACCGUCGGCUGUCUCGCCUUCAGCCCUGCCAUGGACAACGUGAACUCCAAGAUGAACAAAUAUGGCGUUCCUCCGCAGAACUACAUGCGGGCGUUGCUACAUCGCUCGAUCCUGUUUGCGGACGGUAUGAUUCUUCCUGCGAACAUCAUCAGCAAUUCGACGGUCCUUGUCGAUGAGGUAUUGUUUCAGGGCGAGCGUGAUGAGCUCAACGAGGUCUACAUCCGCCACCUCUACCCAGCCCUGCCUGCCGAGUUCAGAGACGGGCCUCGGAAGCUUCGGAGGUUUCUCGAUACUAGGCCCGAGAGUUUUAUCUUUGAGUCUGUCAACGACGAUCAUAUUGCGCGCAUGGACGACUUCUUCGAUAACCCUGCAAACGCCCAUCAAGUUCUCUACUUCGACGAAAGCUUACUCGGUCGAAAUUAUGGCAAAUAUAUACGGAAAGCAGUUGAUCCGCUGCAUCGGGAGGCUACAAUAUAUCAUCUUGUUAGGCUUUGGAAGCAUAUCGAGGCCGGAGGUGGUUGGACUGAACAGCCAGAUCACAGUGAACGUUCCUCUGCUGCUAAACACGCAGCUGAGGAUCUGACCGACUCUCUCUGCCUCCUGACGACAUUGCUCCCGGAAGCCGUGAGGAGAUCGCCGUUGUACAAAUUCGCCGAUCUCUUCGACGAAGCCAGCGACAGAGACAGCAUACUUGCAUUUCUAAGAAGUGACGCUGGAGAGGAGGCCAAGCUGCAGCUGUUGCAGGCGCGGGAUCGUAUCAUCGAGAAACCAUGGCUCUACAGUCCCUUCUGCCACGAAAUGUUCGAUGCGCCUUAUCGGGCUUCAUUAGCGUUCGACUAUGCAUCCCGUGCUGAAGUUGACACGGUGCUCUUUCUAGAAGAAGAGGAGAUCCCCUCGUGGGAGUUCAUGUCAUCGGAUUGUCAUGCAAAGGCCUUUCCGACCAACUUCGAGGCACUCCCCAUAUCAGCGGACAGCCGUAAGUACUCCUCGCUUCUACUGAGCCAGAUGACUCCCGCGACCUUGCGGAAGGCGAGAAGAGAUCUGGCGCCAUUCCGAGCAAAGAUCGUUGAAGGCUCGGCGCUUGUAGACGAUGACGUGGUAAGAAUAGAGGAGGCCAUGGCUUCUUUCGAGAGUCGUUCGCUGGCGCUUCCUGAAGUUGAGAUCAAAGCGCUCGUUGACCUCGACCCGCAUGUGAAACAGGUGGCAGAACUGCUGCUUGCCCAGUGUGUCUUCCUGGUCAGAAACGGUCCACCACUUGACCCAAUGUAUGAAGAGGCGCAGAUUGCGGUUCCCGGUCUUCUGGCGUUGCGCCGCCAGCAGGACUGA